CAUGUAAUCUGUUACUCCCCAACACUGCAUGUGACACACAGGACACAGGAGGAGGAUAUUUUGUACUUGAAUAGCCCAAUAGUCGAUCAUAAAGACGUCUUCAUCUCACACAUUCUUCUGGUUCAGUCUUCACUCUGUUUUUUCCACUUCUUCCAUUAACUUGGAGCAAACGUGCCUCCAGCCUCGUGUCAUCUUGACCCGUGCGUCACCGUACGCGCACACUGUUCAUUAUUCAUGCGCUCUGGAGACACGUGAGCGCGCGCUGUGGAGGAAUGCGCGUUUGUUGACCGUCUCCAGGUUACGCACCGGGCCGGAGCAGAUGCAGAUGCACAGCUCGGCUCCCCUGCUCCCUGAGCUCCUCUGCGGCUGUGAUUUGGCCCUCGCGCUCGGGACCAGACAGAAUCAUGUCUUGGAGCUCCAUCCCGCACUCCGUAAAGCGCUGGCAGCUCCACGGCACAGACUACGAGCCGCCCCGGAGCCAAACCAGACAGAACGACACUGUGUUCAGCGCCUGGACUCCUCUGCACAACAAGAAGGAAAACCUGCAGUUGUUUGAGAAGAGGAUUGGUCUGGUGCUGCACUGGUUUGACCUGUGGACAGACACACAGAGGAAACAUCUGCUCCAUUCACUGCUCUCCAAGUGCACCAAGUCACAGCUCAAAUAUUGCAGGGAUUUACUGAUCGAGACUGUCCCUGUGACGCGGGUGGACUUCACCACGGUGCUGCCCAGGUUCUUGUCUCUGUACAUUCUGUCCUUCCUGUCCCCACGAGACCUCUGCUCCGCCGCUCAAGUGAGCUGGAGCUGGAGGAUUCUGUCUGAACAGGACUGUCUGUGGGCGAGCAGGUGCAUCGACAGAGGCUGGUUCCUCCCGUACACUCCCGCGGAGAAGGAGUACGGGGCCUGGAAGAAGCACUACGUCUCCUGCGUCUCCACUCUGGACUGGCUCACUCCCAGAGAAGCUCAACAAGUGUACGGAACCCUCAACCAGACGAGGGGCGGAGCUACAGAAGAGGAGGAAGAGAGGAGGAAGGAGCGGAGGAUCAGAGACAUCAUCAGGGAAAGACUCCAGCAUGAAAAGAGAGAGGUGAUGAGGACCAGAAGACCGUGGGGCAGCAGCAGUAAGAUCCUGUACAGUGGAUGUGUCCGGUCCAGAGUGUGUCUGACCUCACAGGGCUUCGGGACCUCGGUGCUCUGGCCUGAACCUGAACCCCAGUCCCCCGUCCUGAGUCCCAGUGUGGAGGAGGACGGACGAAGCUCCAGGACAGGGCACCGCCUGGAGAGGAGCGGGACCUGCAGCUCACUCAGGUCUCUUAGCCGAUUAGCACUGUCAGAAGUCUCAUCUAACCCACAAACCAACCCCCGUCUCCUCCUGCUGAUCUCUGACAGACUCCCGGCCUAUGAGAUGGUGCUGAGCGGGGUGAAGGCGGGCGUGGUUUCCAUCCUCUACGACCACAGACUCUCCCUGUCCGCUCUCCUGACCCAGGUGGAGAGGACUUUGUGUGGGCAGAGGGUGCAGAGGCUGGGGGUGUUAGCUCCAGGAGGGACAGAGGGAGUACAACUGCUUCAGAGAAGCGAGUUAUCUGCGCAAACUCUUUUAGCUCCUGAUCACAGAGACUUCUGGGAGAAAAUGUGUUUGUGGAUCAGCCAAAGUGAAGGACGAGGCAUCGACAUCUUCUGCCCACUGGCUGCUUCAGCCUCUGGAGUGUCCCUCAUGCAGAGCUUCUCGGUCCUCACUGGGGUGGAGGUCCGAGCACCCAUGGGUCUGGCCACUGGCAGCUUCCAAAACAUCCUGGGGGAGUGGUGUGACAGCAGCCUCAGCCCUCGUGUGUCUGGACCCCCCCUCCACGGCCCGCCCUCCCCUCCUCUCCAGUACGUCCACGCUCGUGCGCUGCAGGCCUGGUGCGUGCAGGCGCUGUGGGCGGAGCUCUGUCUGUGUGAGCUCAGGUCGUCUGCUGGCAAACAGCUGCAGAGGCUCAGUGCAGACUCCAGGGGGCGCUCUCUAGGUUCUUAUUUCCAAGACCAAAUCUGCCCCAGAGCUCAGUGUAUGUCCCCGGAUUUAAACACAGCUCUGACUGAAGCUCUGACUGCAGCAUCUGCACAAGAGCAGACAAAACAGUUGGAGUUUGUCGCCUCCUUCCUGUCCAAACAUGCAGCUACAGUUGAUGGUACAAAGGACAGAACAGGAGCUGAGGUGAUGUCUGAAGGCCCUGAUGAUAGUUCACCCUGUGUCCCUGUCGGUUCUGUCUCUGUGGACCUGCCCCUGGCUGAGUUGGACUGGAGAGGCUCGGUGGUGAGGGAGCUCUACCACAGUGAGAACUUGUAUCUGAGCAGACUCACAGCAGUGCAGAAGGUUUAUGAGAAGCCUCUGACCGCAGCGCUAAACUCUAACAGAGCCAUCAUCAGCAUCGCCGACAUCCAGAUCAUCCUCAGCCCUGUGUCACAAAUACUACAACUCAACAGAGUCCUUCAGGCUGAUCUAGAGUCCAGACUGAGACAGUGGAGCGCUCAGCAGUGUGUGGGAGACGUGCUGCUUAAGUUCUGCCAAAAACUCAGAGUGUACACCAACUACUUCAAUAACUACUGCACUGCUGUACACACCAUCGACAAGUGCAGAGAGAUCAAACCUUCAUUCCGGGCGUUUCUGAAGACAACAGACAGAACUCUGGCCACUCACAUGCUCAGUCUGCAGGAGCUGCUGCUGUGCCCCCUGUGGAGGAUUCAGGAGUACUGCACACUGCUCCACGCUCUGUCUCUGCACACGCCCCCAGCACACGCUGACCACGCCCACCUCCCGUCUGCACUCAGCACUUUACAGCGAUAUGAAGUCUUCCUACAGGAGUUAAAGCGAAACUCCCAAAGAGAAAAGGUGAUGGAGGAGACGCAGCAGAUGAUACACGGCUGUCCAAAGCUCGCAGAAGGAAACCGUCAGCUGGUGACCACUCACCGCUGUGCCCUGUACCGCAGCCUGGAGGAUGAGCUCCCGGACAGUGUCAGGGCUCUGGAGCAUGUAGCAGACUUGGGCUUGUUCCUCUUCACAGACGCUCUGGUCUUGACUCGCCUCAGCCUCAGUCACGUCCCCUUCGGCCUGAGUCACAGCUGCACCUACAGUUUUCUGACCUCUGUGGCUCUGACCAGUCUGAACGUCCGAGAGAUCAACCACUCCCGCUAUGUGUCCCAUGCCUACGUCCUGGAGGGGCCGUGCCGCUCGUGGGUGUGUGCUGCCGACAGUGACCAGGAGAGGGCGCUGUUCCUGUCUGUGCUGGAGACCACCAUAGAGAGCACACUCAAAGGACACCAGUGAGAGCACAAAAUCAGGUGAACAGCGACGAUAAACUGCAGUCCCCAAAACUAUGAGAGUAAAAUAUACAAAUGAUGAAUGUGAGCAUAUUAUGCAUAAUUUGUACUGGAUAUUUUCUUUGGCAUUAAUGAAAACAUUUUAAGCAGCAGACUGCCCCCCCUCCCGUGUGCUGUGUGGACUGUCCCCUGUCCCGUACGCCGUGCUGACCGUCCCUCCCAAGUCCUGUACAUCACGCAGACCACCCUCCCAUAUGCCACUCAGAGGGACUGUCCCUCCACCCGUACGUCGUGUGGGCUGCACCACUAAACCAGGUCUAAACCGGGUCUAAACCGGGUCUAAAUCGGGUCUAAACCGGGUCUAAACCGGGUCUAAAACGGGUCUAAAACGGGUCUAAACCAGGUCUAAACCAGGUCUAACGUCCAACUUCCUCCAGUCUGCCAAAUAUUGUCUGAUAUAAAACCCAAAAACCCCAAAAAACACAGUUUUAGACAAUUCCUUUCUGCUUCUCCGUGUUUGAUAGAGCUGAAGAAAGCAAACGACCCCAUCUUGCAGGAUUUGCGGGAGGGAGCGGGACUGAACAUUACAAUUCUUUGCGGGAGCGGGAGGGAGCGGGACU